ACUUUCAGCAAUUUGUAUGUGGCAACCCUGGGAGCCGCUCGCUCCUUCCCAGAGUCCUUCGGGUCGUCGUCGCCCUGUAAUCAUCAUAACAACAAAAAUUGCUUUAUUAACUAAGCUGGCAGGUUUCAACCAACUAGUCGUCCAACUCCGACAACCUACCAAUCAAGUCUGCCAGUUCGUUAACUGGUUAUUUCGUAUAUUGUUUGUUAAAUUUCAGAAUCCACCUACAGUAUUGUUUACAUAGUCUUCACAACGUGUAACAAUGGGUCUGAAGCGACAAAGAUCACCUGUUCGAUCAGACCUCGACACCAUGAUGGCGGUACAAAAGCAAUUGCGUCUAAAUCUUCGACUCUGGGGAACAACUAAGAAUGCUGGUGAGAGAAUAGCCUCUUUAUAUAGUGUUGAGAGACAGCAUCUGGAAGAGCUUAUGACAAGAACACUUUCUUUAGGAGAAAGUAACUCUGCUCUUGUGCUUGCUGCGAGAGGCACUGGCAAAUCUUCUCUAGUGAAAACGGUGUUAGAAAGGCUGGAGGUAUUGGGUACACUGAGCAAGGGAAUGGUUGUCAAUCUCUCUGGACUUCUUCAAACUGAUGACAGGCUAGCGCUCAAAGAGAUUACACGCCAACUGAAACUAGAGAAUGCAACUGCUGAUAAAGUGUUUGGCUCCUUUGCCGAAAAUUUGGCCUUCCUUCUGGAAUCUCUCCGCUCUGGCAGUAAGGAAACGUCCAAACCUGUCGUGUUCAUCCUGGAUGAAUUUGAUCUAUUUUGCCAUCAUCGUAAUCAAACUCUCCUCUACAAUCUCUUUGAUGUUGCCCAAUCUGCACAGGCUCCUAUUUGUGUGCUGGGGCUGACAUGUCGUCUUGAUGUGAUUGAACUAUUGGAGAAGAGGGUGAAAUCACGCUUCUCCCACCGUCAGAUUCACCUCUUUCCAGCUGAUAAAUUUGACCCACAUUAUCUCGAUACCUUCAAGCAGCUACUGGAGUUACCCGACUCAUUUCUCUUCAAGGAUUUUUCUAGGAAGUGGAACUCUGAUGUAACAUUGUUGGUGGAGGAUCAGGACAUAAUUAAAGUCCUGAAACGGUUACACAGUACAACCAAAGAUAUUAGAGCUUUGAAAACUCUCUUGUUGCUGUGUGUGUGUCAGCUAAGUUGUGAGCAGCCACAGCUGAAUGGCCAGAUGUUCCUGCAGGCCCAGUCACUGGUUGCUUCCGAGGCCAAGAUUAACAUGCUACACGGACUUUCUGUACUCCAACUUUGUUUGAUUGUGGCCAUGAAGCAUUUAACAACAAUUUAUGAAGGUGAACCAUUUAAUUUUGAAAUGGUGUUUCAUGAAUAUCUAAAAUUCAGCCAGCGAAGGUCAUCGAUGCAAAGUUUUGAACGCCCAGUUGUGUUCAAGGCAUUUGAUCAGCUGAAGUGUCUGGAGCUGGUGCGACUAGUUGACAACUCCCGAGGAAUUCAGCGAGAAUACCAGCUUGUGCAACUAAUGAUGACCCCAACACAGGUAACGGAAGCAUUGGCUCACCUGCCAGGCAUACCAACAGAUGUCCAACAGUGGGCUGGAUCUUCUCUGGCUUAGAAGUCAGAUUACAUCCAAUACGUAAUUUAAAUUUAUUUUAAUUUAUUUUCAUAAUUUGGUAUUUAAAUAUUGUCAUUAAUACAAUUACAUGUUUUCUUCAAGAAUCAGUUACUUUACAGGGAUUGCUGCCAAAAGUAUAGCAGCAGCCUGUGCAAAAAAUAAAUAAAUAAAAUUACUAUAAAAUUUUUAAUGUUUCCUCUCAAGAGUAACAAAUAGUACAUCUCAGGGUGGCUUCCCAACAUGUUAGCUGUUUACAGUGCUGAAAUUUGAAGGGUAAAGGUGACUAGUGAGGUUUGGUGGCAGAACCCAUAUGUAGAAUUUUUCACAAGCUUUGAUCAUUAAGAUGCACACCCACUUUUACAGAAGAUUGUAAUAACAUAUGUAACUGUUACAUCAGUGAUGGCACCAUCAUAUAUUACCUGGUGUCAGUGGAGGAAAGCAGCCCAAUGCAGAGGUCAGAAGGGCCAAAAUUGGUUUUCUAAUGUGGGUAAGAUCAGGAUCAUUACUUUUAUCUAAAACAACCACAAGGAAGUGCCCAUGAGGAGAUGGGGCGAGGACUUUAAACAAAUAUUAAUAAGUCAAGUGGGGACAGGCAACUGGUAUAUCUUAUAGUGGUUAGCCUUAUAUUGAGGCACAUCCCCCCCUCCCCAUGUCAAAUUAUUUGCCCAAGGAUGCAACCCCAUAACAAGCUGUCUUAACUUUAGGGUACUAUUUACUGCUAGGUAAACAGGGGUAUUAGAUGAUAGGAAAUGCGCCCAACCCUGCCCGGGAUUCAAACCCAGAGUUCCCAAUUGAGUCGUGAACGAAUCCCUUUGAAGGCUUGGCUAAUCUAUUACAGGUAUUUUUCUUCGUAAAAUCUUAUCAGCGAGAUUCUAAUUUAAUAAAAUGUUUCCACAACGGUCAUUAAAUUAUAAGGAUUAUAAUAUAAAGAGAAAUGUCUAGUGUAAGCUAGUUUUAUGUAGGAAACAUAUGAAAUGGAUAAACUUGAAGCAAGAAAAAGUAUAUAUUACUACAAACACAACAAAGAAUUAAUGGCAUAAAUUAUAAUUACAGAGGUAGCAAUAUUUUCAGAAAAUGUGUGUUGUUUCAACAGUUUCUGGUUCCAUCACCAACACAUUUACGUAAUACGAUAAAUAUGACAAUAGAUAAUUGUGAAGUUCAUAUAAACAAACAAGGGUUGUAAUCUUAAAAGGGUGGGGGGGAGCUGCCUUCCAGAUGUAAAUAAUUAAUUAUGACCAUUUAACAUUUUCUUGGGUAGAGUACCAAGACGACAAAAUUUAAAUGGAGUAAAAACAAACAUGUAAUAAGGUUAAAAAUGGCCGAUAGGUUAGAUAGCAUACCUUUAAAUUAUUGUAUGAUCUUGUUAACAUCUAAUAAUGGGUUUAUGUAUAAAAUAAGGGAAAACAGUUACUGAAAGUCAGGAGUGCUGGAAACACCUGGGGAACAUAUAUUACACUGUGAAGCUGAAGUCAUGUAUUGUUAUAGACUGCCAUUUCACUGAUGGGGUAUAUUAAACCAUUUUGCAAUACUGUAAUCCACUGUUGGAUAUACCACAAAUGUUUUUGGAAGUUAAAAUUGAGUGAUAUGCUAGUGUAAUAAUUGUAAUCAAAACGGCUGUAAUAUUGCUUAUAAUAUUUACAGUUAUAAGCCUACAAUUACAAACCUCUCAUUUGACUUGGAUCAUAGUUCUCAGAAUGUCUUUUAUAUCUGUCCAUCAGCAAUACAGUAAUAAAUCAUCUUUUUAAUAUAAAUUAUAAAGAUAUCUUGCCAACAUCUUUGAGCCUCCCAUUCUAUACUUUAAAAUUCUUUUCUAUUUGUACUUUUUACUUAUUCAUAAUAUAACACUUCCUGUGUAUUAUUUUCCGAUUGCUUAUGCCUCUAAAAUAUAGAAAAUGGUUAUUAUUUCCCUUAAAAUUUUGCUUUGAUCGUUGCCCAAGACAACUUGGGAAAUAUGUCUUAAAGGUACUUGAAGCCUGCCGACUCGUAUAGAGCUGUGGCACAUUUUAUGUUAGAUUGGCAGCCUUCAGGUACCUUAAAGAUAUCUUCCAAAAGCUGUCUUAGGCAAAGGUCAAACAAAAGUUUGAGGGGAAAUAAUAACCAUUAUAUAUACUUUAAAGGCAUAAACAAUCAGAAAAUGACAUCAGGAAAAACUCAAUAAAUAUAAAUGUUAUUAAGCUUAGUAUUCACAAUAAUGACACACAGGCACCUGCUUUGCUUUAUGCAAAGAAGGUGCCAUUCUCCCUGUCCAAAAACUUGCUUUCCAAAUGCUCUGUAAUUUUCCAAAUUGCCAGUACAAGAUGAGGGCAACCCACUGUUCUUACAAAGAUACAGUACUACAACAAUAUAAAACUUGCAUGUUCAUGAUAAAUUGUAAAUAUAGAAUAAACCUUUGCUGAUUGUAGGUCUUACAUUGUUGGCUCAGCAGUUGAGCACAAAACUUUACAAAAGCAAAAUUCUUUUGAAUUAUCAAUAAACAUCCAAAAACAAAGUCAUAAUCCAUGAUAUUUAAAAUACAAAUUCUUUGGAUAAAUUGCUGCAACACUAAAAUCUACUUUGCCCUAAAUUGAGAGCAGGCAGCCUGGUUGUGAGCAUUGUUAGAAAUUAACAUCUAAGAACACCUGUGAAUCUAAUCUGCAUAUUAAAGUCAGUCAUUGUAAACUAUUCAACAUCAAUACUGUAUAUACAGUCAUGUUUUACACAAAUAGAACAGAUAUAUAAAUAAAAUCUUAAACAAAAAAAAA